CAGUAGACGGGUGUUCAUACAUUCACUGUGAAUACCAAACUAACAGACGUAUUGAGCGUGUACAUCAUUCCCCCGUGAAGAAUUUAACUAAAGGUGAAAGAUGCAGUUCAUGCUGCUGUUCAGUAGACAGGGGAAGCUGCGUCUCCAGAAGUGGUAUGUUCCUCUGUCUGAUAAGGAGAAGAAGAAGAUUACCAGAGAGCUGGUCCAGACGGUUCUGGCCAGGAAACCCAAGAUGUGUUCCUUUCUGGAGUGGAGAGACCUCAAGGUUGUUUACAAGAGGUAUGCCAGCCUGUAUUUCUGCUGUGCCAUCGAGGACCAGGACAACGAGCUGAUCACACUAGAGAUCAUCCACAGAUACGUGGAACUACUGGAUAAGUACUUUGGCAGUGUGUGUGAGCUGGACAUCAUAUUUAACUUUGAGAAGGCCUACUUCAUCCUGGAUGAGUUCUUGCUGGGAGGAGAGGCUCAGGAGACGUCCAAGAAGAUUGUACUAAAGGCAAUAGAACAAGCUGACCUACUGCAGGAGCCCCGUCAUGAGUACUUCAAUGUGCCUGUGUACUAAACAGCCGCUACUGCUGUCACCACUCCACUGCUGUCACCACUCCACUGCUGUCACCACUCCACUGCUGUCACCACUCCACAGCUGUCACCACUCCACAGCUGUCACCACUCCACUGCUGUCACCACUCCACAGCUGUCACCACUCCACUGCUGUCACCACUCCACUGCUGUCACCACUCCACAGCUGUCACCACUCCACAGCUGUCACCACUCCACUGCUGUCACCACUCCACUGCUGUCACCACUCCACAGCUGUCACCACUCCACUGCUGUCACCACUCCACUGCUGUCACCACUCCACAGCUGUCACCACUCCACAGCUGUCACCACUCCACUGCUGUCACCACUCCACAGCUGUCACCACUCCACAGCUGUCACCACUCCACUGCUGUCACCACUCCACAGCUGUCACCACUCCACUGCUGUCACCACUCCACUGCUGUCACCACUCCACAGCUGUCACCACUCCACAGCUGUCACCACUCCACUGCUGUCCUGUCCACCCAGCAUGCUGAGCCCCUCCUACUCAGCACGUGGCCCCUCCCCCAGCACAUGGCCCCUCCAGCGACUUGUCCUCAUCCUCUGCCUCCUAAGAACCAUCAAAUCAAAUGAAAUAGUAAUUUAGCAGGCUUUGGCGUUGCACGCACCAUGCUUUACCAACCGAGCCACACAGGACCACCGCUACACCGUCACCCUUUCAGUUUCUCCCAUACUUCCAUCAGCUGUUUCCACUGUGUGUUGUCUAUCUGAAGAGUCCAUGGUUUACUGUGGAUAAUACAACGGGUUGGUCUAAUCCUGAAUGCUGAUUGGUUUAAACCGCGUUCCAGCCGGUGUCUAUUCCACAAGUUACCACC